AUGGGUCGUGGUGCCCCUCGUGGUGGACGUCGUGGCUCGGGCAAAGGCCAAGUGCGCAAGACGUUCGCCGGAAGAGCAGUUAAACAGACGCCCAGCUUCUUUCAGAAGCAGGCCAAGCCGACUGCUCGCAAGAUCCCGGCCGUGCACAUGGACGAGACAUGGCACCAGAAGGUGCGCCGUGUCUAUCCCGGCGAGAGUGCGGCCGCCUUCGUUCGAAAGGGAGGUUUGUCCAACGACAUGGAAGUUCUCUCUCCCGCGCAGUUCGGUCCGCAGCUGACUCACUUGAAUUGUGAGGGGGCCAAUCGCCUCGGAAAUUUCAUGUCGAUGCUCGCGGCGGCCAUCGAGACAGGGCACGGCCUCCUGCAGAUGCAGCACAACGAGCCGGAGAAGAGCGGCAUGGAGCAGCUCCGUGCUGUUUUUGACGAAGACGACGGAACUUUGCUGCAGGCGGCACAGCUCCUCAACUUGUCCAACAAGCAGGAGGCGUCGCCGCAGGAGCUGCAGAACGCGAUCCUCCAGGUGUUCACCUACAUGGCCAACGACGCCUGCGUGAAGCCAUGGCAGCGGUUGGCGAAGUUCUCCUCGCAUCUAUACAACUUCGCGAUGCUCGCUUUACAAGGCCACGCGCUCAUGACUAAUCGUCCACAUUGGAGCGCAGAGCUUGCCAUGCAGCUGGAAGCCAUGCCUGCCUCGAUGAGAAAGUUCAUCCAGGAUCCUGCCAAUGAUGAGGCUCUGUUACAGGCAGCCCUCGACUGCUACCAGCAACAGAUACAAGGAGCCGGUGGCGUUGGCCCCAUGCCCGACGUCUUCGGCGACGCCGAUGAUUGCGCGGAUGCCCCGGAAGAAGAGGACCAGGAGAUGCAAGAUGACGUCUUCAACGACAGCAAGCCAGCUCGAGCUGCUGAAAGUCUCUUUGGAGGCAAAAACAAAUCGCCCGCUGCGGGCGCUGCGGUGCGUGACAGACCCUCUGUCUCGGCGGCCCCAUUCGCAGCAUCGUUGGUCGCGGCGCCGAAGAUAACGGCCAAGACGAAAGCACCGCCCUCGGCGGAGCCAACCCCAACCACGAGUGUCACCGAAGCAGAGGCGGCGAUGGAAAAACGACGCAAGGAGUUCGACCUCUGGCCUCUCAAAGCUCUGGCGACCUUCGAGCACAAGCCGGCGGAUGCGUUUCUGGAGCGCCUGAACCUGAUCCCUGCAAAAUUGCGCGCAAGCGCGGGGCUGCCAUGCGGCAACGUGCAAGAAGCGGACAUCGGCGCCGAGCUCGAGCAGCACAGUGAAACGAUGAACUCCUUGCACGAGGAGGCGAAAAAGCAUUGGCUUUCGAAGGCGGAGCUCUUCACCAACGAGCGUCAUAAGUUCCAUCUGGAUGAAGACAUGGCACACACAGGAAUUUUGAUCAAGCUCGUAGAGAAUGACAAGGUCCCGCCCGAGGUGAACGCCGAGCGGUUGCAAGAGCUCUGCGCUUUGGAGAAAUGGGAUGAUGCAGAAGAAGAAGAAGUCGCAGACAUGCAGAAAGCUUUUCUGACGUGUGUGCUCCCCGUCGCCGAUGCCAUCGCCCUCUUCGACACGGUGCACGACAUAGUUCUCCAGGCGGCGGGGAAGUACGAGCCAACGGCCAACCAAAUGAAAGAUGCUCUGCAGCGGAUUCCGCAGAGUCUUCGCGCGGGCCUCGCGCUCUCCAGGCCGGAGAAGUAUCGUGCCAUCAAGAACAAGGAUUGGCGCGAGGACCUGAACAUCAUCUUGGCCGUGGCCUUCGCGAGCCUGUCUGCCCAUUGGGAAGCCUGA